AUGAAAGAUAGCGGAAAUUUUGAAAUAUCUAAGAAAUGGUACGCUUCGAAAUCAGUUUGGAAACAGGUAUUCAUCAGCAGUGCCGUAUGGAACUUUUACUUCAUGACGGGGAUGUGUGUGGGCGCGCCGACGGUCUUCGUGCCGCAGAUUAGACGAGAGGCAAACUCUACGGACGCGGUCGACGAGGAGACAGCAUCAUGGCUUUAUUCCAUAUUCGGCGUCAGCUCCAUGCCCUGGAUUCUGCUUCUCCCGUCCGCCUCCCGCUACAUUGGCCUACGAAUUCCGUUCAUCACUUCCUGCUUUGUCAUGCUGCUGGUCUUCUUGAUCUUGUAUUUCAGCACCAGCAUCAAUCAGUUAAUCUUCGCCGAGAUAAUGGAGGGCUAUGUCCACGCGUGCAACAUAAUCAUAUCGAUCGCCGUCAUAUCUGAGUACACUUCCCCGAAGUACAGGGGCAUGUUUCUCACGAUAAAGUCCGCCAGCUUCUUCUGGGGGAUCUGGCUGUCCAAUAUUAUAGGCACCUUCUUUCACUGGAAGUACAUAGCGGUGUUCGGAAUGUUGUGCUGCUGUCAAACAUUUACUUCUAUACUGUGGCCCGAAUCGCCCCACUGGCUGGCUAGCAAGGGUCGUUUCAGAGACUGCAAAGCCUCCUACCGCUGGCUACACGAUCGCACCGAGGAAUCGGAGCGCGAGCUGAGACAACUUAUUGAGAGCCAUACGGAUUACUCCAAGAGCCGUGCCAACGGUCAAGGUUCAUACAAUUUCGCCCAAUAUACCAAGAGGGAGUUCUACAAGCCUCUAUUCUUGAUGAUGACUUCGGUCACUCAAUAUCAUUUCUCAGGAAAGUUCGUUUGCAGCGUGUACAUAUUGGAUAUCUUAAGGAAGAUCACGCAGAGCGAGAGUACCGCUUACACCGGUAUGCUGAUAUUGGAUGGAGUCACUCUCCUAGGCAUGUACGCAGGCUGCGUACUCACGAGAUUUCUCAGCAGGCGGACGAUGUACCUGACGUCUUCGAUGUUCGGAGUGUUGUUCUUGUUCCUCAUAUCGACUUAUCUGUACCUUGUGAGAUUUACGUUAAUCGAUGAGAACAAGUACCUAUCUAUUCUGCUGCUCACCUGUUUCUCGAUCUCGGUGGGUUGCGGGCCGAUGAUAAUGACGACCACCAUAUACGGCGAGAUAAUACCGUCCAAGUACAAAGUAACGCUUCACCUGGCGAUCGGUUUGUUAUUCCACAUGUACAGCACAGGUCUGCUGAAGAUCGCUCCGUGGGUGUUUAGGAGCCUAGGGCUCCAUGGCAUCUUCCUGUUCUACGCAAUUGUGACUGGCAUGUGCACGUUUCUUCUGUACGUAUACCUGCCCGAAACGAAGGACAAGACGUUGCAGGAGAUCGAGGAGAACUUUGUAGGGAAGGACCGCUUGGAAACUGCGCCCUCAUGUGAAGAAACAGAUCUCUUUGUUGCUAAACGCAGC